AGCCCCUUUGGGACAAUGGGCCAGGGGUGGGGACGUCCCCGUGUCCCCCCUCCCGGCUGUGCUGACGUCCCCCUCCCCCAGGAUUUGCCCCUGGGGCUGAUGGACGACAUCUACGAGUUCGCAAAGAACUUCUCCACCCGGGUGGAUGAGGUGGAAGAGAUGCUCACCAACAACCGCAUCUGGAAGAACCGCACCGUCGACAUCGGGGUCAUCACGGCAGAGGAGGCGCUCAACUAUGGGUUCAGCGGGGUGAUGCUGCGGGGCUCAGGGAUCCAUUGGGACCUACGUAAGACGCAGCCCUACGACGUCUACGAUCAGGUGGAGUUUGAUGUCCCCAUCGGCUCCAGGGGCGACUGCUACGACCGCUACCUGUGCCGCGUGGAGGAGAUGCGUCAGUCCCUGCGCAUCAUCCUGCAGUGCCUCAAUAAGAUGCCAGAGGGGGAAAUCAAAGUGGAUGAUGCCAAAAUCUCUCCUCCCAAGCGGGCAGAGAUGAAGACCUCCAUGGAGUCCCUCAUUCACCACUUCAAGCUCUACACCGAGGGCUACCAGGUGCCACCCGGCGCCACCUACACGGCCAUCGAGGCCCCCAAGGGUGAAUUUGGCGUCUACCUCGUCUCGGAUGGCAGCAGCCGUCCGUAUCGCUGCAAGAUCAAAGCACCGGGCUUUGCUCACCUGGCCGGCCUGGACAGGAUGUCGCAGGGCCACAUGCUGGCGGACGUGGUGGCCAUCAUCGGCACUCAGGACAUCGUUUUUGGGGAGGUGGAUCGCUGAGGUUUCGCGCUCGGUUCAUCCGCGUCCUUUCCGUGCUGCGGUCUGAGUUGAAUAAAAGCUAAAACGGA